CAGGAGUCGCUAAGAGGAACAACAAGCCCCCAAGUUUUGGAAAGUACUCAUCCCUUCCCUUCUCUCUCCUCCCCCAAACAUGUGCUCUCCCCUUCCCUCCUCGUUUCUUUUGUUCGUUUUGGUUUGUUCCGUUUCCUUUCGUAAAAGCGUUUUCUAGUUUAUGUGACGUAGCAAUAUUUGUUGCUUGAAUUGCUCUAUAGUUUCACUAGUGGAUAUUUAUCUUCUUGAACUGUAGCCUUGUGUCUCACUUUGGGAGUAUGCAGAGGCUUUAUACUUUACCUUCUACACUUUUAUCAAAACAGGGUAUAUGAACAAAUUUUCUAUAAAAGGAAUUCUUAAAUGUGAAUUUGUUCGUACAUGAUUGAUCCCACGGGGAAGCAAUUUUUUUUAUUGCACUUCUUUUAAAUAGCAAGAAAGACAUCAAAAGCGCUUGGACAGGGACUUCCUGGACAAUUAUUGAUACGUGUAAGUCUUUCAAUGUGUGUAUGCUGGUGAACAUUCAGAUUUAUUUAUAUUUUUUUUUCGCAAACAUUGAAUAAUCUAAGUGUUUAAAAUUUUAUUUAUCCCCAUUUGUUCAUAUUUAUAUAUAUAUAAAAUAUCUGUACCCUGAAUAUUCAGGAGGCCAUAUAUUAGAUGGCAUAUCGGCACGUGUUAGAAAUACCAUUUGAAAGGAAACUAUUAACUCCUUUUAUUAAAAAUAGUGAUAAUAAUGAUGAUGACGAUGCAAUAAAAUCUGGGACAAAAGACCAUGGUUUGAAUACUUUAUGCUCGUAACAUCCAGCUAGGCAAAAGGUGUGUGAAGCUGAAAAGGCUAGAUUUGUUUUGAAAGUUAUACAUUCCUUGCUGCUCACGUUCUGGAAAAAAAAAUAAAGUUUUUAUUCUGAAUAAUAAAGAGUUAAGAACAUGUUCUUUGAAGCGCAGGGGAACGCAGAGCCCUUCAUGACGUGGAGAGCUAGGAAACUCGUCUGUAAACUUACACGAGGAUCUGCUCACCCGAAGGGCCCCGCGACACCUUUUCAGCAUUUCAUAGGCAGGGAGAGAGAUUUUUCUUUUCCCUUCUCUCUGUCUAUUUUUUUUCCCUUUCCUCCAGCAGGGUUUCAGGGCCCGCGGCCGCCGCCCCCUCCCGCAGGCGCUGCGCGGUGCCCGGCGGGCGCGGCUCGCCCCCUCCGGCGGGUCCGGGGGGACCGGCCCCGGAGGACAGCCCGGGCUGGGCCUACACGCGUGUGUGGGAAGCACGGGCACCGGAGCUCGGGAUGGAGCCCCGCGUCGGUGCGGGCGCCGGGGGCCUCCUGGUCGCUGGGCUGGCGCCCUGGGCCGGGCGGCGGAGGCUGCGGAGCCCGGCAAGCACUGGGGAGCAGGGUGGGAGAGCAGGGUCUGGCAGAACCGCGAGCGCGCUGGGGAGUGGAUGCGCCCACUGCUGCUCCUUCCACUCGCUACCCCCGCCGUUUCCCCCUUUUCCUUUAAGAAGUGGGUUUUUCCUUUUCCUUUCCCUAUUUCCCCCCCUUCCCCCCCCCCUCGAAUAAUUUUUUAAAAUCUAUUUUACUGAUUUCAUUCUUGCUGGGCAGCCUUUCCUCCCAGGGCAGCCUGAGGGUGUGGGGGAGGGGAGCCUUGUGUUCCUUUUCUUCCCCGGGGGUGUGGAUGUGUGUGCGGGUGUGUGUUUGUGUCGGAGGGGGGGACACGGUACUGUAGAGGGGCGACGGUCCCGGCCCCAAACGGGCACCCGUAGGGUCCCAAUCGGCUCGAGGGAGAAUGGAGAAACCCGCGAGCUUGUGCUUAAAUCCGAUUUUUCUUCCUUUCAGAGGAAAUGUCCGUAAUUUUUAGAUUGAAACUUGAAAGAUAAAUCAAAACGGACCUUAAUAGACUAGGUAAAAUAUACCCCUGCACGUUUAUAAAGACAUAUUCCUAUGCUGUGUAGAUAAUAACGCACGCUGUUCACCAUCUGUAUCUUUUAGAGCACAGAAAAAAAAUGUCGCCAUUUUGGUCUCAUGCUGAAAUAUUAUUAAUCUUUGGGCUUUACCUUGUUCCCAGAACCAUCCUUGCCUGAUGCUGAAACAUUGUCAUGCAUCCGUGAAUCUAUAUAGAGCUUUUCUGCAUAAAUAGAUAAAGCAUGCCCAGUCAAAGAAAAGGAUAGCAAAUAGAUUUAUACCGUGCUGUUUAUUGUAUAUAUAGACAUGUAACGUGGAAGGAAAGGCUAUGUAGGCUAAUAUUUUCCCCUGGAACCUGAUUAUUACCUAAUACAGACCAGCGACUGCUUAUUACUUUUGUAGGCGAAGGAAGCAUUUUUGCAACAUUGCAAGAAAAUGCUCGUUUCAAAGGAGCGCCGGUAUAAAAUUCAAGCCGCCCCCCCGCCCCCGCCCCAGCUCUCGGAUCAGUUAGGUUAGAUAUAACAAAAGGUAACGGUACAGUCACGAUACUUACUGCGUGGUUCCUUUAGCACCACGAAUUACAUUUAGGAAAAUGUUCAAAUAGAAGGAAGUUGGCGUUUCACUCCCCUCCCACCCCUAAGAAAGAAAAAUACAGGCGAUUUUCCCCCCUUCUUUCCAUAAAUCGUAUUCAGUCCUCUCUUCAGAGCCUGUCGGUUGCAAAUAAGAAUUUCUAAUUUUGCAUUUAAGUUUCGUCCGAUUAAAAGAUCCCCCUGGAGGCAGCAGUAACUGAUUUUCUCAAGAAUUUCGGGUCCUUUCUGUAAAGGUUUUGUUCCAGGUGGUUUUUGUAUUAGACUGACCACAAGAAACAAAUGUGCAGAAUAGAGACACCCACACAGGUUUUACUCACAAAGCCUGGUUAAAGUCCAAACCUCUCUCUUUAUUAUUUGUCAUCCUGCUCUUAAUCCAAAUAUUUUCCAGAGGGGAAAAAAAAAAAAAAAAGAAAUCAGAGAAAAGAAAAGAAAACCUAGGCACCAAGAAGCAAAAUAAAACCGGACUUUUCCCACAAGCAGCCCAGUCCUCUGCCAGCAUAUUUUAAAAGCAGAUUUUUUCCUUGUUUACUUGCGUUUCUUGCUCUGCCUCUUUUCACGGCCACAUUUGAUCUUGGAAAGAGCAAGAAGCUUUAAAUGUGUUCUUAAGGGCCAGUAGCUGUCAAACCUUUUGGCGGCCAAGAUUGAUCGCGGGCAGACACCACCAGAGCUUUGUUUGGACUAAAAGCAAGAAAAUUAAACCCCUUGCAUUUUCCAACAGCAUCGAUAUUUGUAAGGCAUCCCUUUUGAGGGAUUAAAUGACAAGUCUCGUUCUAUAUUUUAUUUAAACAAGCAACCACCAAAAAGCCCAUUUAAAGCCUCUCGGCCCCUCCCCUCCCCCUCUCUCCAAUGCCUUCGCAGAUAUGCUAUAUCUUGUGGGUGCAUUAACUUAAAACCGAUUUUUAAAAUGCACUUCGGUCAGACGCAGACUGGUCCACUGAGUGCUUGGGGUCUUGUUCUCUAUUUUUUCUCCCCCUUGUAUUUUUUUUUAAUUUUUUUUUUUAAAUAUAAUUAAGAAGACGGUUGCAGACCCCUGUUUGGCAACUCCGAAAAUAAAGCGAGACGGCUCCUCAUCGCUCUGGCGAUGGUUUCUGGCUCCUGGAGGACGCGGAGAGCUGAUCGGAAGCGCCUUCCCCCCGGCCCCCGGAGCACCCACCCCGCCUCGCACCCCGGGCUCCGCGGGCGAGCAAGCCCCGUCCGGGCUGUCUAGGGCGGCUAUGACCAUAGGAUUCAUCGGGUUGGUGAUUGUGGCCACCAUUGUCAUCACUCUCCCUUGUCGCCUCAGUAUGGUUGGAAAAUUACGCCAAAAGCAUCCAAAUUCGGGACUUGCCUCGACCUGGCGGGGGUGACUGGAGGCGGCGGCGCCAAGAGCCAAGCAUCGGAGGCGAGUGCCGUCUCUCAAGCCAGAACCCCGCAGCAUUUUCGCUCUGCCUGGCCCCUCGAAAACAAACCCGCUACCAGCCCAUAUAUUUCCUGGUAAUCGAAAAUACUCACCAGACCCAGCCUACUACGGUUAUUAAGCAAAUUAUGCCAGCAGACGGGAGUAUCGUUUGCAAGCUAAGGCACGGGAUAUAUACUUUUUUUAAAAGAGGCAACAGCCAGACGCGUUUGCAGCCUCGCGAUUUGGCUCUCCCAGAGAGGUUUUCCUAGGGUUAUGUGUUACGGUCCAAUCCCGGAAAGCCAACUGGAGAGGGAAGUCAUGAAGCGCCAGGACUGCUGCCUAUGUGACUCUUCCCCUCGAAGCAAGGUUGCUGAGGAAGAUCCUGAUAAACAAUGGCUCAGCACCGGCGACCGAUUGUUCUCCGUACUGUACACCCGAUAGCCACCAAAAAAUAAGAGGAAAAAAAAAAAAAAAAAAAAAAAGGAGGAAAAGAGGAAAAAAGAAAGUAAGGAAAAAAAAAUCAAACAAGAACACAAAGCCAAACAAACAAACAAAAAUACAAAGGAGCCCAUUGAGGCUGAGUCGGGAAGGAGAAACUACUUUUGGAGGAAGUGCUAUUCCUAGGAAAAAAUCAAGACCCUCUGCUUCAGACUCUUGCCUGGGUGCAACUUCUUAUGCGGGGGCCUGACGGUGUCAAAACUUUGAAGAUUAAUGGAUUACUUUGUUAAUGACUCAAGGCGUCAGAUUGAGGUGCUUAAAUGAUUUGUGAGGUGCAAAGCGUUUUCCUGACAGUCCCAAACAAUGAGAGAAGAGUGUGCGGGUGGAUGGGAGGAAGGCAGCAGGCUGCAGGACAAGCAGACACACACACACACACACAGAGGCACACACACACACUCGCAGCCUCUCUCACAAACAUAUCCACGCACACGCACCCUCCUCCCCACCCCUGAUCAUUUCAGAUUAGGACGCCAAGGGGAUAGAUACUCGAGAUAUCAUUUCCCCCUUUUAAAAAAAGUGUAAAUAAAGCCUUUCUGGCCCCCAAUGAGGCGUUCCUUCCCGACUUUUUUGGAUCAAUCAAACAGACAGUGGCUUCUUUUGAUUAAAGCCCAAAUUGUCAUUGGGCAGAGGCAAUCAUGUGACAGCCAAUUCGGUCCAAUUUCAACCUUGUCUCCAUGAAUUCAAUAGUUUAAUAGUAGCACGGUCCCCAUACGGCUGUAAUCAGUGAAUUAGAAAAAAAACACCCCACCAGCGAUCUUCUAUGCUAUAUUUUUUUUCUCCUCUCUCUCCUUUUUCCUGGGCCUUCCCCUCCCCCCGAGGCCCCUGAAUCCGAGGGAACUUUUUCUCCGCGGGGGCUGCCAGUUGAAGGCCAUGAAUUUCGCAUUUGAGCGAGAGAUCGGUUUUAUCAAUAGCCAGCCAUCGCUUGCUGAGUGCCUGACAUCUUUUCCCCCUGUCGGUGAUACAUUUCAAAGUUCAUCAAUCAAGAACUCGACGCUUUCACACUCGACACUGAUUCCUCCUCCUUUCGAGCAGACCAUCCCCAGCCUGAACCCCGGCAGCCACCCUCGCCACAGCGGCGGCGGUCGCCCCAAGGCGAGCCCCCGCGGCCGCAGCGGCAGCCCGGGCCCCGCCGGCGCCCCGCCGCCCCCGGAGUACCCCUGGAUGAAAGAGAAAAAGGCGUCCAAGCGAUCCGCGCUGCCGCCCGCCUCGGCCUCCGCCUCAGCCGCUGGACCUGCUUGCCUCAGCCACAAAGACCCCCUUGAAAUCCCCGAUAGCGGCAGCGGUGGAUCUAGGCGCCUGAGGACGGCUUACACCAACACCCAGCUUUUGGAGCUAGAGAAAGAAUUUCAUUUCAACAAGUAUCUCUGUAGACCAAGGAGGGUUGAGAUUGCAGCCUUGCUGGAUCUGACUGAAAGGCAAGUCAAAGUCUGGUUCCAGAACAGGAGGAUGAAGCACAAGAGACAGACCCAGUGCAAGGAGAAUCAAAACAGCGAGGGGAAAUUUAAGAACUUAGAGGAUCCCGAAAAAACGGUGGACGAGGAAGAAGAGGAGGAAGAGGAGAAAUCCCUCUUCGAGCAAGCCCUCAGCAACGUCUCCGGCGCUCUCCUGGAGCGGGAAGGCUACGCUUUCCAGCAGAAUGCCCUCUCCCAGCAGCAGGCGCAGAAUGCGCACAAUGGCGAAUCCCAAACUUUCCCCGUUUCGCCUUUAACGAGCAAUGAGAAAAAUCUGAAACAUUUUCAACAUCAGUCACCCACUGUUCAAAACUGCCUCUCAACAAUGGCCCAGAACUGUGCAGCUGGCCUGAACAAUGACAGUCCUGAGGCCCUAGAUGUCCCUUCUUUACAGGACUUUACCGUUUUCUCCGCAGAUUCCUGCCUACAGCUUUCAGAUGCAGUUUCUCCCAGUUUGCCGGGAUCUCUGGACAGUCCCGUAGAUAUCUCUGCUGACAGUUUUGACUUUUUUACAGACACGCUCACCACAAUUGACUUGCAGCAUCUGAAUUACUAAGAAAUUAAAGACGUCCUCUCCAAGGGUCCUGCUUUCUCCACCUUAUUAUUUUUUAUUUUUUUCCCCCAGUGAAUUAAUUUUAUUUCCCCCCUCCCUUUCCCUCUUCAGUAUUUUCUGUUUGUUACUUCCCUCUGAUAUGCCAUUUUUGCCGUUUCUUACGAAGUUUUAGUUGUGUUCGAUUUUAACCUAGCCACAUUCUAGGUCCUUCUAUGAAAGCAAUAUAUGAGGUCUGUAAGAAAGUGAUCAUAUAGGAAUGUAUCUUCACUUUCUUUUUAUUUUUGUAUUACAUUAGGAUGCGUUGUCAUAAGUAUUUUUGGUAGAAUA